UUUCUUUUUCUUUUUCGGACACCUAAGAGCCAUGACGUUAUAACCACAGGUUCAUGGCGAACUCGGACGCUUAUUUCAGUUUCAGCGGAGUAAACCGGAGGUUUGGAUGUCGAACGUUAUUGUGUAAAACCGUUGAAAAUCCGCGAGCGACGUGACGUGACGUGCGAGCUAGAAGAUUCUACACGUUUACCUUAAAGCGCGAGCAGUUACAGUGGUUGAUGGCGUCGACCACACUCAGAGCGAUAACGUGUCUUUAAAGUCCUAUAAUUUGGGGGUUAACUGCGUUAAAAGCCGUCAAACAACGCAUAUCCGACUCUACGAGAAUGUGUGUAGAAGUUGACGUUCGUAUAACGUUGCAGGCAGCUAGCAUAAAUUGUUUUGACUUGGUUUGUUACUUUUUUUUGGAGGGGUAAACUCGUACAAUUAUAUAUUUAAAAUCCACUCAAGGAAUGAUUUAACGUCCAUCAGUUAAUUCACUGACGCAACUUCCUGAAUGAGUCAGGCUGAGCAGGUGCCUGAGGACAUGCCUGCAUGCCAUACAGAUGAGCCAGAAGCUACAGACGCCAACAAGGACCACCCACAGACACAAUCGGGGAUGUUCGGCAGGUUGGCGGGGGGGUUGUAUGGAGCCACCAAAGCUACAGUGGGUGGCGUGACUUGGAUAGGAGGAAAGAGCCUGGACCUCACUAAGACAGCUGUCUGCACUGUAGCUGCCGUGCCUGUAAUGGGAGUGGGGCUGGUGAAGGGGGGAGUGUGUGCCGUGGCUGGCGGCGUGACCGCGGUUGGAUCUGCAGUAGUCAACAAAGUUCCUCUAGGAGGCAGCAAAAAGAAAGACAAGUCUGACUGACAUGGAGCAGAGGAGACUGGACACACAGCUCACACUCCUGUAGAUGUUUUUACAUUUGUAAGCGGGAGAAAAAGCAACUAAAGACUUAGAGCUGCAGUUUGCAAGUUAUGUUGUUGUCUUUGUGUCAUUUUUAUGUAACUAGAGAUAAAAUUCACAAUUGUUUAAUUAUGUUUUAAAAAUUGUACAUAAAAAGAAAGCAAUACAGCACACCUGUUCUCAUUCCUUCUGAUUCAAGACAAUCGAUGAUGAUUUGUGCCUUAUAAGGAGUUGUUCCUUUCAUCUGGAAAUAAUUCACUUUCAGCUGGUAAAUACUAGAAACACUCUGAGUCUGAUUUCUAAUUACUCCUCUUCAGAUAAAUACACGUACUGACAAAUGAUAAGAUAAACCUGAUCAAGGACAUGGUAGGUAAAGUCGUUUUUUAAUGUAGAUUUUUAUGGGUUGGUUUAUUGUGUUUAACCUGAACAUUUUGGUUCCAUUUCAAUGUGCAUGUUUCUCAGAUGUACUGUAUGUCUUCCUUGUGGUAAUCUUCUCACCUUAGUAGAAGAUCCCUGCUUUAGACAUUUUAUUAUUAUUUUUAUUACAAUAAAUGCAUUUUAUUACUGUGCAAAGGACUUUUUGUAAUUAAAUCUUUUCUUAUUUGUA